AUGGCCAUAAAUGGCAACACAACGCCCAAUGUCGCCCUCAUCACCGGAGGAGCAUCUGGCAUGGGCCUCUCAGUUGCAGAGCGCCUCAUCGAGCGCGGCUGGAACGUCAUGAUUGCCGACAUCAACGAUGCCGCCGGUGAGAAAGCAGCACAGCGGCUGGGCGAACAUGCCGCGUUCGUGAAAGUCGACACAACCGACUACGAGUCCCAGGCUGCCGCUUUCGUGAAGACGUGGAAGAAGUGGUCAAGACUGGACUUUGUAUAUGCGAAUGCUGGCUUUGGCGAUCGUAUGAACCUCUACGAGCCUGCCGAAGUGCGAGAGGAUGGAUCGCCACCGAAGCCAGAUGAGACGGUCGUGAACGUCUGCUUGAAUGGCGUUAUAUACUCAGCCUAUCUUGCGCUGCACUAUUUCCGGAAGAAUUCGAGCAAGUCGGGGAAGUUCGUCUCGACCUCCAGCAUGGCUGGAUUGUAUGCUGCCGAAGGCAUUCCGCUGUACUCAGCUGCCAAGCAUGGUGUCGUUGGUCUGACAGUAUCGAUGGCAAGAAAGCUGCAAAUGCUCAACGAACCUAUCACUGUCAAUUGUAUCUGUCCAGGUUUAGUAGACACAGGCCUCACACACGACCAGCUGAUGCCCUUUGCGAGAAAGGGAUUCGAGACGCCUCACAGCACAAUUGUUCGUGCAGUCGAGAGCUUCAUCGACGAUGACAGCAAAAAUGGCCUUGCGGCUGAGUGUUCAACAACCAACAUAUACUAUCGUACUCAACGAGAGUGGUCUGAUGAUGAGGCUAGGCAGGUGAUGACUGGUGGGGCAUUCAGUUUUCCUGGUCAGAAAGCGAGCACGCUGGCCGACAUUCGUGCGCCCCCAGCAGCCUUCCAUCGGCCUCGGAAACGAUUCACCAAAGAGGAGGCCGAAGAGAAAUACUAUAUGCGAGUUGAGCUGCUGAAAUUGCAAAGGGACCAAGCUCGUAUAGACGCCCAAGAAAAUGGCGACCUGGCUGCACAGUCCAAGAUCGCCAGGCAGUUCGCCGAGUUGCAGAAGGAAGCAGAGGCGGAACUGGCGGAGGACCUGCGUACCGGCCAUGGCUCUGAUGAUGCGAGAGCAGAAGCCGCAGCCAAACUCGCGGCAGCGAAACGCCAGACGAGGAUCACAUAUCGCACCAUAGUACGAGCAUUCCUCGUGCUGCUCGCCCUCGAGAUCGGUAUCGAACUGUUCGCGCCAGACGACUACAAGCCGCGAAACUGGUGGGGGACCUUCUCGACCUUCGUCACGAGCAGGUUCAGACAAUUCACCAUCAUAGAGAGAAAAGACAUCUCCUCUACCGCAAGCAUAUACACCCUCGACUCAUUCGAGGGAACACCUUUCUGGACUGCCUGUAGAGAGGCUCAGCAGAAGGGCAUAUGGCACCUCGAUCUGAAGCAGCCUCAAAUCCAAGUCGUGCGAGCAUACACCCCCUUGCCCAAUAUGGACGUCUCCGCCUGGCUCAAACGCCUUCCCAUCUCCACCAAACUCGAACUGCGUGGUCCUAUCGUCGAGUAUGAGAUCCCCGACGACACUGACCGCAUCGUCUUCCUCGCUGGCGGCACUGGCAUUGCGUCCGCACUGCAAGCCGCCCACUCACUACUCUUCCGAAGUGCCAUCGACGCCAGCGGCAUAAGACACUCCAACAGGAAGAUCAGCAUCCUCUGGGCAUGUCGAAAGCGCGAAGACUGCGCUGUGCCCUCGCACGACAGGGAUUCGGUCUCCCUCUUCACAACACCCCCCAAUAAGAUCGCUGCCAUAAUAAAUGACCUUCAAAGGAAAUUUCCUGGGCAGAUCGAGAUCAACUACUUUGUCGAUGAAGAGAAGACAUUCAUCAGCAAGAAGGUCCUCACCCACGCCAUCCUGCCUGAGCUCACCCCAUCGCCGGGUGAUUCGCCUGACGGUGCCACACCACGACCAGCAUCCUACGAGCAUAGCUCGUGGUGGGGCUUCAUUCGCGGCCAUGCCUUGCCGCUGCAGCCUCCACAGCAAGCACCAGCAGCCUCUUCACCAGUCCAACUGGAUUCCCCUUCGUCUUCAACCACUGCCUCCCCGGGCAACCAACCGCACCUCGACCCCAAAACAAAAGUCCUCAUCUCCGGCCCAGAAGGCUUCAUCGCCGCCCUCGCCGGCCCCAAAGUCUGGGGCGGCAACGGCGAAGAGCAAGGCCCGCUAGGUGGAAUACUGGACGCCAUGUGUCGGGACACCCCGGCGAUUCGAGAGAGGGUGAUUGAUGGGCGGAUUGGGGUUUGGAAGAUCUGA